AUGAAAAUAAAGUUUUCUGAACUAAAUGUGCAAGCCUUUGCAGUACUUCUCGUUCUGCUUCGUGACGCGCAGUCGUCAAAUACAAUCGAGGGAACAUACCAGAAGUUUGCGCUGGCUAACGAGACGAGGCUUCGCAGCGUCUGCCCACCCGCCCUGUUCCCUCUGCCGCCCCAGAGGCAGGUCCAGCAGACCGUCCUGUGCUACAGCUUCUGCAUCCGAGAGAACACGUGUACCAUCUUCUCGGUGUCAGACGACGUGUGCUCGGUGUGGUCGUUCCAAACGGACCAGAGUUACGAAGCAGUGACGUUCCCUGAGCCGACCGUUGUGGCGUAUUGGCCAAAACGGACGGCGCCCGUGACGGCCGUCGACGUCGCCAUGGGCAAGCCCGUUAUGACGGCCGGGUUCGCCACCGGACACUCGCCGGCUGCCAUGCUGACUGGAGGCACGACAUGCUACAGCACAGCGGGUGACUGCUUCUGUUCACCUAACACCGACAACUGGCUUGUGGUGGACCUGCAACAAAGCCUGCCCGUCAGGAAGGUAGUAAUCACCGGACCGCCUGCCAGCGACGCCUUUUACUACACGGAUAUUUCCGUUCGGGCUGGAAACACCGGUGGAGCAGCGGACCAGAAGAUCUUUCAAACUCAGUCAGCCACUCCUCCUGGAUACAAACAGUACACCAUUGCUAUUGCAUCUGGUGACAUUCGCUACAUUCGGAUGCAGUACGAACCGGCGUCCGGUGCAAUCUGCCUGUGCAAACUGCAAGCAUUCCUGUGAUAACUGAUAACGCUCGUUAAGACUUGGUCCACUAACAACAACUCUAGUCACUCGCUGCUGAAGUAUCAAAAAUAGUUACGAGUUUGUAACUCGGUCAGUCAACCAAUGACGACUUUCCAAGCUAAACCCGCCAAUCACAGACGAGAAAUCA